AUAGGCGCCUUAUCCCCUUCUAGUAGCUUGGAGAAGCUGCUGUUCUAGGAGCAUUGUCUGCAUCAGCACCACAGACAGGGCUCACUGCUUCUGCCUACACCAGCCUGACCAUAGACCUAGAAGGAAGGCAUCUUACUGUCUGCAAGCAGAGGAAUAAAGGAUGGUGAAGCUGGGGAGUAAUCUGAGUGACAAAACCAGUAAGGAUCCUUCUGGUGAAGAUGGAUUUCAGACUGUGCCUCUGAUCACACCCUUGGAUGUAAAUCAUCUGCAGUUCUCUGCCCCUGAGAAGGUGGUUGUCAAGACAAGGACAGAAUAUCAGUCGGAACAAAAGAACAAGAAAAUCAGAGUCCCAAAAAUUGCAGAAUUCACUGUCAGCUUCACGGAUGGGGUGACUGAGAGGUUAAAGGUCACUAUCCUAAUAAGCCUGGCACUGGCAUUUCUUGCUUGCAUAGUAUUCCUUGUGGUCUACAAAGCCUUCACAUAUGAUCACAGCUGUCCAGAUGGAUUUGUAUACAAGCAUAAGCGAUGCAUACCCUCCUCACUGGAUGCCUACUACUCUGCACAGGAUUCCAACUCACGAGGAAGAUUUUACACUGUAAUUAGCCACUACAGCAUGGCUAAGCAGACAAGCUCAAGAUCUGUCUCUCCAUGGCUUUCUUCAGGAUCCAUUAAUCAUGAUAGCAAGGCUAGUAAAACUGACGGUCACUAGAAGGUCAAGCAGAACAAGGGACAUCGGUGUUCCUAGAGCCCUGGGCAUGGCUCAGAUGAGGUGCCACAUUUAAGAUGCGAAGCUAAAAACUUCAGGAGUCUUUAAUGAACAGCAAGAUGUUUCUUUUUUGUGCAUUGUUAUCGUUAAUUUGUAACCGAGUCACAACCUUGUACAAAGGCAUGUUCAAUGUUUAUUGUCUAUCUGCAAUGUAAAGAUAGGAAACAAAAGUGCAAAGAGAAUUCUUUUUUUUAACAUUGCCAAAUUCAAUAAUCUAUUGAUAGAAAAUGCAGACAUAUGCAACUGAAUGGCUUGCUUAUUGCUCAUUUAUAAUAGUCAUUGUUUUUUGUGAGCUGGCACAGUGGUACUGUGUGCUUCUCAAAGGGAGCUCAAUCUACUAUAGUAUGGACAGGAGUAAUGCGGGAUAGCUCCCUUCACAAGUGUGCAAUGUGCCGGAGACUGAACUAGCGGAAAGAGCAGUUAUGUAAUGGAAGGAUCCAGAUGCAGGCUUGCUAUUAGAAAUAUACAGAACCCCAGGUAGAUGACGCUGCCAUAGAAUAGCUAGAGCUAACACUCUGAGAUUAGAAAAUCCAGGAAUAUAGCAUUUGUAGCGCUGUAGGCAAAAAUAAAUGGAUAUAUCUAGAAAUUGAUGGGAUUAGAAGUAGAGUAAUUAUUCAUUUUAAUGGGACCUUGUCAUUGCACACUAGUAGCCAGGGGAAUAUAUCACGCUUUAUUUGAAAAAGAAUUUCCUAGCUCAGUAUUGGAAUGUAUUUUACUGUCCGUAUUAAAGGGGUUUUCCGCUUUGUAUCAGCAUCAUUUAAAAUAAUUGUUUAUGAUGGUAGCUGUAGUUUUGGAACAUAUUUCUUUCUUUUUCCCAGUAAUGUUAUGUCCAUGGAUGGGGCAGUGAUAGGGAAGUGUCUAUAUAGCUAGCUGGUGGGAGGAGCUAUAAACUAGCUGGAAGUUGUUAGGGGCGGUGCUGAAGCUGUGGCAGAGAACGGAGAAAAGCAUAAUAGGUUUGGUUGGAUACAGAAAUAGGAAGUGCUGCAUACAGGAUGGAAACAAACCAGGUGGAUUGGUUUACGUGGUCAAAAUGGGUCAGAAAAGUCAAAAGGAAAAAAAAAGCAUGGGGAAGCAACUACAUGAGCUUAUCUUUUAGAAACCAUACUAAUCUUGGAAUACCCCUUUAAGGAUAAAUCUCUUGCACUCUCAACCAUGGUUCUACUGAAUCAGACUUACCAUCGCCCCGCCAGAAUAAUGACUAAUGCAAGGAAUGACUGGAGCAGUGGCCCAUAGUAACUAAUCAGGUUGCUACAUUCAUGUUGCCAAAAAACACUGAGAAACGAGACUUGAUGUCUACUUGUUGCUAUGAGCAGCUUCUUUCUCUUUCUUUGCACUAGUUUUGAGAAUUUCUUUUAAAUGUAGUAAGAUACUUUAUUAAGGAUAAUACGUUAAUGUAGCUUGAAGAUGAUUUAAAUUCACAUUAUAAUGGCGGCAAGCUUUCCUGUGUCGUCCCUAUGAGCAACUUAUGUGUAGAAUAGAAGUGACUGUGAUUUUGUGGCUCGAAGAGCCCUAUCCAGGCAAUGCUACUAUUUUUGUUCUUGCUAAACCUGCUUAAGCUUAUGGUAUUCAAUAAAAGCUCACUCUAUCAUCAUGGUUAAAACUGACUGUGCUACAGACAAGAGUAACAUCCAGCUGCCUUGAUAGACUUCAUACAUUGCAUUUUCAUAAGCCAUAAUUGCAUUUUUGUAACCGGACUGCAGCCUCCACAGCCAGUCAGUUUGUACACAAGGGUCAGGCCAGCACUACAUUCAUAAAAAUGAAAUAUCAUGAUGGUGUAUACAUUGUUGUUUGUCGAGCUGGAUCCUUAAGGGUCUAGUUCAGAGAUUUUCCAUGUAUUUCUGAAACUGAAAUCAUUUCUUUUGUAGUGAGAACUGUGUAGAGCUUUCUGAACUGUGAUAUGCUGCUAUAUGUGCCCCCAUAAACCUCAGCUGAAGGUGUAAGUAUGUGCUGUACCCAGACUAUAGUGCCAAAUUCUCUAAUGGACUUCUCUACACUACUUUUUCUAACCUGUACAUCCAUUGUCACUAUGUAUAAUAUCAUCUGCCCUCUGAAUAGUUUCUAAUUUUGUGGUGUGUUUCUCGUUAGUAGCUAGCAGAGACUGGAGUAUUUUGAUGUAAUCCUUGCACUCUUUUCUGACAGGAAAAUAAAGCUG